AGCAACAGCCCUCAAGAUCCCGAGAAGAGCGGCCAGGACCAUGAAGUGCCUCCAACAAGAAUUCGGAAGACACCAUCUGCCCCUCCCCCGCUAUCGUUUGAUCCCUGGACGAAGAGGAACUCUAUCAUCAUCUGCUGCCUCGGCCUGCUGUUCUUCGACCUCAUCCUGCCAUGCAUCAUCUACUACUCGCUCACCUACUGCACGAACCUCGACGAGGAGCAGGUCCUGGGCAUCUCAUGCGCCUCUCUCGGGCUCGGUGAGAUGAUGGAGCUGCCGCUGCGCGGAUACCGGCUGGCCAAGCAGCACGACGUCUACGCGCCUCUGGGCCAGCACUCCCGAUGGGCCUUCGAUUUCCUGUUCUGGUGGUACGCCAUGGCCACUAUCAUCGGCAUCGUGCCCUAUGUCCUGUCGACCAGUCUCGACGAGCCGAUCGAGUGGCUGUUCCUGAUGACCCCGGGCUUCAUCGCCGGGUUCGCAGUAGCGACGACUGCCGUCUCGGCGCUGCCAUUCCCGCUGCCUUUCAGGGUCAGUUCGGACGCACGCGGCGAGAAAUGCAAGCCGUUCGUAUACUACGUCAUUGAGGAUUUCGUAGCCGUGGAUGCAAGCCAGAAGCGAAGCUAUCGCGAGGAACUGCGCGCGAGAUACAACGCCUCGCCCAUCUUCCGACGCAUGAUCUGGGACGUCAAUAUGUGGUGGACAGUUGGCGGGCUCGUCUUCAUCGGCGCCCUGGCUGGCAUGACUUGGGGCCUGGCAUUCCCAAUCGCCUAUGGUCUGUCCUUCGGUUUGUUGUUUGUAUGGAUGGGUAUCUGGGCUCUGGCGACGUGGCUGUGGGUCAGGCGUGGACUGCGCAGGGAACGGGAA